CAUUCCUGUCAUUCCAGCCGCAGCGAACAAUCAGCUCUCAGUUAUUUAUUAGUGCGCCUCGCAGCUCCGCUCCGCUCAGUCUGCUGCUUGCUACCCGUCAGCGCGCACACAUGCGCACGGAGGAAAGGAGCUCCGCACACUUGUGGACGUUUAUUUUGAACAAUAAGCGCAGAUCAUUAAUUUGAGAUACGACGGCACCGCUCACUGUGCGAUGAGACUAAAAUUUGAUGUGUGAUUUGUGAAGUGCCCACGCUGCCACAUCGAGGCUUGUUUUUGUUUCGUUUUUUUUUUUUUAAAACUGUUAUUUUAUUGGUUGACAUGAGAACUGCUGAGGAGUCCUCUGGAACGGUCCUGCACCGUCUCAUCCAGGAACAGCUCCGCUACGGAAACCUGACGGACACGCGCACGCUUCUGGCCAUCCAGCAGCAGGCACUGCGUGGAGGCAGCAGCGGCGGCGGCACCGGCAGUCCCCGCUCCUCACUGGAGAGCCUCACUCAGGAGGACACUCCAUACAUCCAGAUGUCAACAAGGCAGGAGCCUCAAGGUCAGGAGCACCAAGGAGACAGCCUGCACUCUGAGAGCCCCGUGUGCCACCUGUACCAUCUCCACAAGGAGGAACUGCCUACUUACGAGGAGGCCAAAGCCCACUCCCAGUUCCUAAACUCUCAGAAGGGGCAGGCGGAACAGGAUGGACCCAGCAUGGAUGUAGUGGGAAGUGGAAGUGAGGCACAGUGGGAUCUGAAGAGAGAGCAUGCUCGCUCUCUCAGUGAGAGACUCAUGCAGCUUUCUCUGGAGAGAAACCGGUCUAGGGACAGUCUGCCUAUGAGUUCCUCACACAGCUACCCACAGCUCUAUAAUCAUCACAAUAAUGUUUUAAAUGCUGCGACACCUGACAGACAAAGGGCUCAGCCGUGUGCAGAGCAGCGAGGACCACCCCCAGACUAUCCUUUCUGUGUCAGACUUCCUGGAUACAUGCUCAGCCACUCACAGGAGUAUGUGCAAUACAACCAAGACCCUCAUCCUCCCCUCUACACACAACAGCACAGGUUUGUGUCUGCUCAGUCGCAGGCGGCUCACAACGGCAUCACAGCAGCUUCAGACAGCAACUCCCUUGAGAGCGACACAUUAAUGCGGGAGAACGAGCGGCUCAGGAAGGAACUGGAGGUGUACACGGAGAAGGCCACCAGGCUUCAGAAGUUGGAGUUGGAGAUUCAGAGGAUAUCUGAGGCUUAUGAGACCCUCAUGAAAGGCUCUGCCAAGCGAGAAGCUCUGGAGAAAACGAUGAGGAAUAAACUCGAGGCAGAGAUUAAGAGAAUGCAUGACUUCAACAGAGACCUGCGAGAGCAACUCGAUGUGGCUACCAAGCACAGAGCGGACUGCGGCGACCGGAAGCAGCACGUCUUUGUCAAACUCCUGGAGCAAAAUGAAGAGCAGCAGCGGGAGCGCGAACGUCUGGAGAAGCAGAUUCAGCACUUGCGAGUGUCCGGGGAGGACUGCCAGCGGAGACGGGAGCUGAUGGAGCAGGCUCUGGCCUCGGCGCAGACUCGCAACCGUCAGCUGGAAGAAGAACUUCAGAGGAAGAGGGCGUACGUGAAGAAAGUGGAGAGGCUGCAGAGUGCGCUGGCCCAGCUGCAGGCGGCCUGUGAGAAGAGGGAAGUGCUGGAGCUCCGGCUACGCACGAGGCUGGAGCAGGAGCUAAAAAGCCUCAGGGCACAACAGUCCCAGAACCAGAGCACUGAUUCCACAGCUUCAGAACCGAGUUCGUCCAGGUUGCAGCAGCAGCUGAGGGAGAAGGAGGAGCGUAUCCUGGCCCUGGAGGCAGAUAUCACCAAGUGGGAGCAAAAGUACCUGGAGGAGAGCACCAUGAGGCAGUUUGCAAUGGAUGCAGCAGCCACAGCUGCAGCACAGAGAGAUACAACUAUCAUCAAUCACUCCCCGCGGCAUUCUCCGGACAGUAGUUUUAAUGAAGACCUGCCGUUGUCCCAUCACAGACGUCAGGAGAUGGAGAACAGGAUCCGCGCUCUUCACGCUCAGCUCCUGGAGAAGGACGCGGUGAUCAAAGUCCUCCAGCAGCGCUCCAGGUUGGAGCAGAGCAAGCCUGAGAAACAGGGGCUUCGUUCGGCCAGAUCCGUCCCCUCCAUCAACAUAGCGACCGGCGGCAUGGAGAGCAAAGGAAAGAGCCUCUCAGAUGACCAGACAGGUGCAGCUGUGCUGCAGCCAAAGCUGUUUGCUGCUGCUAAGGUCCUGAGCCGAGACUGCAGCACGCAGAGCGACGAGGCCUCACAGGAGCCUGAGGCCACAGCAGAGCACGGCAAGCUCAAGAUGUGUGAAGCAAGCUCAGCGGCUACACCUGAAACCUCGGAGGAGCCAAAGCUUCCGCUGAAGAUGCUAAGGAGCCUCAACAGCUUGGGCGCAGACGUGGUGGAAAUCCUCAUUUGAGCGCUCGCUGCGGCUCGUAUGACUGACAGCAGCGCUGACACAAACUUUUGGCUGAGACUUUACAGGGCUUCCUCGACGUCUGGCUUAAAUCAACAUGUGUGUGCUGAGAUUUCCUUCUGCUGUUUCUGCACAACUCAUAAACGGGCAGUUGGGAUUCGUUCACGGUACCUGGACAGUAUUUCAGCGUGACAGGAACUGGGCUGCUGACUGUGCAUAUAUUGUGCAUGUUUCUCUUUUUAUUUUUUAAUUAUGUUUUGUAUUUAUACAUGUAAAUGCUGCUCAUAAUUGAUGUGAUUUUGUUUGUCCUAAAUGUGCACCACUUUUUUUUUUUUCUAAUUAUAUACACAUGACUCACUUCUUGGUUUUGUUUUCCAGUAGCAUCCCUGUUACCAUGCCCUCUGAAAGUAAUGGGAAUAUUUAUAAAAUGACUCACAAUAAGUGUCCUCUUGCCACGUUUGAGGAUUAUUUAGUUUAACAGAGCUAAAUUAACAGUUGCCCUCCUCUUUAAAAUACAUUCAGGGGCCUUGCUCGCAGCUCAGAGGGGGAUUUGGAAACUUUUUUUUUGAAUGCGAAGCCUGUAAAACGCCUGCUCGGUUCUCUCUUUAAAAAGCCUGUGAGGAUUGACGCUGUUUCUCUGGGGUCCGGUUUUCCAGAUCCCCGGCUAAUGUUUGGGGCCUCAGAAGGUGGCUACCCAGUGUUUCGCUCCCCUCUCAUGCCACAGCGGAGCUAAUCUUCUCACAUUCCUCGCUGAGGGAAUGCUCCCGUUAAAGAAAAAGGCUAUCUAAAGUCUGACCCUUCGCCCUUGUUAAAAUGGCAGGCAUUCUCCACAUGACUCCUUUUCUGGGCUGGUUAUUUCUUCUGAGUCGUGGUAGCUGGAUCUACCACGAACGUCGAAACGGUCAACUAUAAUUGGCCCGCAUUUGCUACUCCAUCGCUGUUAUAUUCAGCUGUUUUUCCAAGUAUCUCACAUUUCUGGGUAGACUAUACUGUAAGCCUAAUAUGGACUCUUCUAUUUAUUUCUCUCUGCGUGAUGUAGGAUCACUGAACGCUGAUGAAUGUACACUUCUGUUUUCAAUGAAUGUGUUUUCUAUUUAACUGGAAUGUGCCACACUCCAUGGGAAAAGGACAUUAAAACUCAUCAUCAGUGGAUUUCUGAAGAAGCCAAUAAGCUCAUCCAGUUUUUAAAUAUUAGCAUGUGAAACCUCACGUUUACCCGAUGUUCUCCUUCAUCCUCCAUCACAGUGCAUUUGCUGGUCAGUGCAGUGUGUCAGAGUUACUGCCCUUUGCUUAUUCUGCAAUAUGUUUACACAAAUGGCUGUUUGAAGUGAGAGAAGUUAAUAUAUUUUGUAAUUAUUUUUUUUUUCGAUCCUUGUUUCCUGGUGCCAAAGAUGGACUCUAUCUUUAAGUUAUAGUUGAUGACGAAUACAAAAGGUUGUGUUAAGUUGCCUCGCUUCAGCUGGUUGACCCAACGUGAUGUUGCUGUGAACUUUUGUAAAGGAAACAUUUGUAUGUAUGCCUUAACAUUUCACAAUAAUAAAGUUUUAAUAUAUUCCUGA